CUCACAGCCCUCCUCGUCUCUCCACUGCGCAGAGGAGGACACUGGGACGGAGUGGGGAAUCGAAUCCCAAGUGCAGAAUUUGAACCCAGAACUGGUGCCAGAGCCCUGGCCCUUAAAUCGUCCUUGCACUAACUCCCGGCAGCGGCAGGAUUUUGGGGAGGUCACUGUCCUCUAGGGGCCGCUACCCAGAAGCUCUCGUAGUCCAAGGAGGGAGUCAAGAGAGGCUUCAGCGAUUACCAGGGUUGCAACAAGGCUACCAGCCCAAGACAGUGGUUGCCAUGCAAGAAGCGAAGAAAAGAUGACGACCUAUCCUCCUGCAAAACAAUUACAAAAUAUUUAUCACCAACGGGAAAAACUGGAGAUAGGGUUUUCUCUCCACCCAAAUCCAGUAAUAUUAUGAAUUAUUUUCCAAAGACUUCGCCCACAAAUGACAAGACACAGUCAACGAAAGGGUGUAAGACAAAGUUACCUGUACCACUGCUCGUUGACAGGAGAGACUGUAAGACCCCUCUCCAAAGGCGGCUUACAGUCCAACAUAUAGCGUUUAAGAAGAAAGGAAAGAGAAUUAAGUUAUCUCAACAACUAAAUCACAUGAGAAAUGAAAGUGAGUCUCCAAUUGAAAUUAAUAGUGAUGAUAGCAAAGAAGGCUCUAGUUUAAGUAAUGAUUUUGUGGACGAUAGUACUUCUGUUUUACUUGACAAGAAAGAUGUAGAGGUACUUGCAGAAAGUAUUCAAGAUUUCAAAAGUCAUUCAAGUACUAUGACUACUCAAAAAAAUCGUAAGAAAGCAAAUCCUAAAGAAGGGACCACAAAAAGUGAUCAGAAGAAGUUGAGAAAAAGAAAGCACACAGAUGUAAUAGAUCUAACUGAAAAUUUACCUUUGGCCAAGGGAGUAAAUCUUAAAAAAGGUGGUAAAGAUGUUAAACAGAUAAUACCUUCUUUAACUAAUGAAAUCGACAGUACUACAAACGAUGCAAACGCUAGAGCUAAUGUGACUGAAACAGCUCGGUUAACUGAGAGUACAAUCACUGUCUCAUAUGAGGAAUUUUUAAAAAGUCACAAGGAGAAUAAAGUGGAACAGAUACCAGAUUCUACAAUGUCAAUUUGUGUCCCUUCUGAGACUGCUGAAGACAUAGUCAAAAGCGAUGAUAUCAGUGAUACAGAAAACUGUGAAAUUUCCCAGCAGGUACGCUUUAAGACAGUUACUGUUCUUGCACAAGUUCACCCUAUUCCUCCUAAAAAGACAGGAAAAAUACCCCCAAUUUUCUUGAGACAAAAGCCGUGUGAAAUGGAGAGUAGUCUAUCUGAUCCUGAGAAUGAACAGACUGUUCAGAAAAGGAAAUCUAAUGUUGUUAUACAGGAGGAAGAAUUAGAAUUGGCAGUGUUGGAAGCUGGAAAUUCUGAAGCUGUGAAACCAAAAUGCACUCUAGAAGAAAGACAGCAGUUUAUGAAAGCAUUUAGGCAGCCAGCAUCAGAGGCACCUAAAACUGUAGUUAAAAAAUCUUCUGAUAAGCAGAAAGACCUCAAUGAAAAAAUUUUAAAUGAAGAAGGAAAAGACAGUUCUAAAAAAAUCAUGGAAAAUACUAAUAUCCAAAUAGUUUCAAAUAAUGGCAAUUCACAGCCACAUGCUGAUAAAGGACGUUUUUCUAAGGAGAAAAAUAAAAAGCAAAAGAAAAAAGGUAAGAAAACGUUAGGUAUGGGGACUCUUCCAAGUGAAAACAGAGAGGGAAAUACUCAAAAGAAAGAAACAACCUGUUCCUUAAAAGACAGACAGAAUCAACAUAGGCUUAGCAUGAGUUUAAGACAAAAGAAGACAGAAGUUUUCAAAUGCAGCACAUUAUUUAACACUAAAAGUAUUAUUUGUGAAGAUAAAGCAAAUGAUGGUCCUGUAAAGAUUUCCUCCUCUCUGUAUAAAAACAAUAAAUCAUCGAGAAAGACCAGCACACCAGUUAAAGAUGACAAAGUUCUACAUUCUAAAGCCGGACUUGAAGACAGCUUGGGGAAUGUUUUUACACCGAGAUCAACCAGAAGAUCUGUAAGAAGUAACAGCACACCUAUUACAGUAACCAUUAGAGAUACUGAUUCUGAAGGCGAGCAGGAUAAUAGUUCUGUAAAGACUUUAACUCCGAAAGCAGCCAACUUUCUGGAAAAACAUAGCCUGUACACAGCAGAGUUAAUAACUGUACCCUCUGAUUCAGAAAGCCCUAUUAGAAUGAAAUUCACCAGAAUUAGUACUCCAAAAAAAUCGAAGAAAAAAUCUAAGAAAAGAUCUGCCAAAUCUGAAGUAAAUGAUGGAGAUUUUGCGUCUCAGACUAGAAAGGCAAGCAAUGCAUCAAAAAAUAUAUCAAAAGCAAAACAGUUGAUUGAAAAAGCAAAAGCUUUACACAUCAGUAGGUCAAAGAUGACUGAAGAGACGGUGAUACCCUUAAGGCGUUCCUCUAGACACCAGGCACUUCCUGAAAAGAAAUGCCCAGAGACAGAAGACUCUAUAAUAGUAAUAGAUUCAAGUCCUACUUCUUUAAAGCAGCCGGAGAAAAAUCAGAAGAAACUUCAAUGUUUGAAUGAUGUACUAGGAAAAAAAAUGAACAAGUCUCCUAAGAACGUACCUGGAAAAGUGAAAGUUGCUCCUUUAUUUCUUGCCAAAAACGCUCAAAAAACAGCUGAUCCUAACCUUGGUUUUGAUGAAAGCAGUCAAGAUACAUCCGGAAAAUCUCAGGAUUAUGAUAUAGAAUUUAAAGCAAAACGUGACUUUCUAAUGAGUGGUUUACCAGAUUUAUUGAAACGACAAAUUACCAAGAAAGCUGCUGCAUUGGAUGCCUAUAAUGCAGUGAGUACCAGUUUCCAGACAGUUGUUCAUGUACAACAAAAAAAUGAUGGGUGCCAUUUGUGGCAUUUGAAACCACCCUCUUGUCCUCUCUUAACUAAAUUUAAAGAAUUGAAUACUAAACUAAUAGAUUUCUCCAAACGUGUCAUUGCUCUUGGUGAAUUUUCAACACUGAAUUCAAAUUUGAAAAGUACUACUCCUGCUAAUGUGUUUAUGAGGACAAGGAAAGAUUUCACUGAAGAAAUAAGAAAUAUUUUGCUGGAGGAAAUUGGGUGGUCAAACCCUGAAUUUGCUUUGAGAAAAUAUUUUCCAUUGCUUCUAAAAAAGCGAGUUGAAUAUCAGGUGCUUUCUGAGUGUCAUGGUAAUCAAGGAAGUCCACAACUACAGCCUGAUGUCAAUCAAAAGGAAACCAAAAGGAAACGAGUAGAAACAGAAAAUCAUAAAUCAAAGAGAAAAAAAACAAAUGGGUAUUCAGAAAAUUCAAAGAAGAUAAAUGGGAAGCCAGAAGAACAUGAUGAAAGAAACAGCUCUUCUGAAAUAAAACUAGAUUCAUCCAAAGAUUCUGGAAUUGAAGACAUGCUUUGGACAGAAAAGUAUCAACCUCAGAAUGCCAGCGAACUCAUAGGCAACGAGUUAGCUAUAAAAAAAUUACACAGUUGGUUGAAAGACUGGAAAAGAAGAGCUGAACUGGAAGAAAGACAGAAUUUGAAAGGAAGAAGAGAUGAGAAACAGGAAGACUUGUCGGAUAGCAUAGACUUCAAAGGCAGUUCAGAUGAUGAAGAGGGUCGUCUUUGCAAUACUGUUCUUAUAACAGGGCCAACUGGUGUGGGGAAGACUGCUGCAGUGUAUGCUUGUGCUCAGGAGCUUGGAUUUAAGAUAUUUGAAGUGAAUGCAUCUUCCCAGCGCAGUGGAAGACAAAUUCUAUCUCAACUGAAGGAAGCUACUCAGUCCCAUCAAGUAGAUAAGCAAGGUGUAAACUCACAAAAGCCCUGUUUCUUUAAUAGCUACAGCAUAGGCAAGUCGCCAAAAAAAUUAAACUCCCCUAAGAAACUUGUUAUAUCGCCAAGGAAAUUUCCUCCAUCACCAAAAAGUAGUGGACUAAAGCGAACACUUCCUCCUAAAACUUUGGCCAAUUAUUUUAAAGUAUCUUCCAAACCAAAAAAUAAUGAAGAAAUAGGAACACUUCUGGAAAGUAAUAAAGGAACUAAAAAUUCUUUUGAAAAGAAACAAAUUACUCAGACUGAAUCUACAAGCAUAACUAAUUCAAAUGUCAAAGAAUUUGGAAUUGAGGAGUCCAACAGGAAAAAUGCAACAUCUCUCAUUCUUUUCGAAGAGGUUGAUGUCAUUUUUGAUGAAGAUGCUGGGUUUUUGAAUGCAAUCAAGACAUUCAUGGCAACAACUAAACGACCUGUAAUCCUUACUACAAACGAUCCAACAUUUAGCUUAAUGUUUGAUGGUUGCUUUGAAGAAAUCAAUUUCAAUACUCCUUCCCUGCUUAAUGUUGCAAGCUACCUACAAAUGAUCUGCUUGACUGAGAAUUUUAGAACUGAUGUAAAAGACCUUGUAACUUUAUUAACUGCAAAUACUUGUGAUAUCAGAAAAAGUAUCCUUUACUUACAAUUCUGGAUUAGAAGUGGAGGUGGAUUUUUAGAAGACAGGCCAUUAUCCCUUUGUCGAGGAAAUAGCAGAAAUGUACAACUAGUUUGUUCGGGAGAUGUCCCAGAUUCCAAAAAUAACUCUAAAAAUGCUAACAAGAAUCGUAUAAAUCUUCCCAAAUGUGACAUUGGCUGUGCUGAAACCUCGUUUGGCCUUAAGAACGUUUUUUCCCCAUCUGAAGACUUGUAUUCAUUUUUAAAGCACAAAAUCACAACCAAGGAAGAAUGGCAUAAACUCAUCCAGCUUCUUACAGAAUUCCAAAUGCAGAAUGUGGAUUUUUUAUACAGUAACCUUGAGUUCAUUCUACCAAUACCAGUUGAUAUUCUUCCAGAAACAAAAAACCUUUGUGGCUCAUUAGUAACUGUGGAUGCCAGUGCAGCAACAAAAAGUAUGAAAUGUCUUACCAGGAAACCUUCUGGAGAGCAGCCAUUGAGAAAGUCACAAAAAAAGAAACAUAAGAAAAAGAUGGUGACACUAGAUGAUAGUGACUUAUUUGACACUGAAUUGCAUUUCCCUCCUGAGGUUAUUAGCCUGUCUCCUGAACUGUCUUCAUCAAAUUCAGAAGAACGUACAGACAAAGACAAUGAACACAAUCCAGAGACAAAAAACCUAAACCAAUGUUUGGACCCUAACAGUGAGUCUGUAUCUCCUCUUCCUAAAACACCAGCGGAAAAAAAGUGUUCUGCCCUUGUUUCUCAUUGUUUAAAUUCUCUCACAGAGUUCAUGGAUAACAUGUCCUUCUUAGAUGCCCUUGUAACCGAUAUAAGAGAACAAAAGGAAUUUGGUAAAAAUGACUUCAGUUGGACAAAUGGAAAGGUUAAAAGUGGACUUUGUGAUGAGUUUAGCCUUGAGAAUAGUGAUGGAUGGACUUCUCAAAGCUCUGCAGAAUUAAAGGCAGCCACAGAAGCUCUCAGUUUUACUAAAUGUUCUUCUACUAUUUCAAAAGCAUUGGAAUCCUCCUUGAAUGCUUGCAAGAGAUUAGGAAGAGAUCCAACCAGUGAUCUUACUUUUCAUGUUUCACAAAAGCGCAAUGAUGUAUACUUCAGUCAGUCAACGGCUAAUUUAGACAAUGCUUUGAAGAGGGUAGCAGUCAUUAAAAGUGUAUUUUCUAGUCGAUCUCUUCUAAACCUGGGUAAUAGACAAGCUAGUAUAACUGAAUACUUGCCAACUCUUCGAAACAUCUGUAGGACCGAGAAGCUAAAAGAACAAGGAAAAAGUAAAAGAAGAUUCCUGCACUAUUUUGAGGGAAUUCAUCUCGACAUUCCAAAAGAGACUAUGAAUACUUUGGCAGCUGACUUCCCUUAAUAUUCCACCCUGGGCCAGCCAGUAGCAUUAUUGGUUAAGGUGGCUGAAUUCCACAUGGCUGAAUGUGUGGUUUGAGUCCGCGAUCCAGUGAAUUGAGUAAUGUAUGGUCUGGGCUCAUGCGCAUGCAUGCCCAAAAUCUCUGAAGGAGAGAAAGAUGGAGAAGAAGGGAUUGCAGUUACCAUUCCCCUUGGGAAGGUGCUUUCUCACUUUCCCUUUUUCUCUGUCUCUGUCUCCGGAGAACACAUACUCCCUCUGGCAAAUUUUUUAAAAAAAAAUUCCACCUUAAUAAUGCUUUGUACAGAUUAUUAUAUGGUCUUUAAGAUGCAUUUUUGUAUUAUGUUGAUUUUCAUGGAAGGAUUUAUUUCUCAUAAUGUACAUUUAAAACUCUGUAUAUUUCUUAUUGGUGUGCAUAUAUUUAAAAUGAAAAAAAUUGAAUUACAAGUUGUAUAUAUGAUUGUGGUAGUAUUUUUCUUGAAUUUUUUUGUAUUUGAUUUAGCUUUGUUGGAAUAUUUUUUUGUAUGUGAGUGAGCUAUUUCUAGAAGGUAAAGUUCACUGAGCUAGUUCUACAGCUGUUUCUGUGUUAAACUAAUCUACAGUUUUCCCCUUUCCUGUUACUCUUAGUCUCCUCCUCUCAACCAAGUAUAUGUUCUGUGAAAUUUAAAUAUGAAUCACCUAACUUUUAAAAAUAAGUUUACAACAUAUAAAAUAUGAACUUACAUUUGUAAUACAUAUGAAAACUAAGAGGAAAAUUAUGUCAUUUUUCAAAAGGUAGCAUCUUCUUGAUAAAUUUCUUUCUGUUUU